CUUCCGGUCGGCGGAGCGCUGGGCUGUGGGAAGUUGGCGCUGUGGUGGUCGCGAUGGGGAAGUCGGAUUUCCUUACCCCUAAGGCCAUCGCCAACAGGAUCAAAUCCAAGGGGCUGCAGAAGCUGCGCUGGUAUUGCCAGAUGUGCCAGAAGCAGUGCCGGGACGAGAAUGGCUUUAAGUGUCACUGUAUGUCCGAAUCUCAUCAGAGACAACUACUGCUGGCUUCAGAAAAUCCCCAGCAGUUCAUGGAUUAUUUUUCAGAGGAAUUCCGAAAUGACUUUCUAGAGCUUCUCAGGAGACGCUUUGGCACCAAGAGAGUUCACAACAACAUCGUUUACAACGAAUACAUCAGCCACCGGGAGCACAUCCACAUGAACGCCACGCAGUGGGAGACGCUGACAGACUUCACCAAGUGGCUGGGCAGAGAGGGCUUGUGCAAAGUGGAUGAGACACCAAAAGGCUGGUAUAUUCAGUAUAUAGACAGGGACCCAGAAACCAUCCGCCGGCAGCUGGAACUGGAGAAAAAGAAGAAGCAGGACCUUGAUGAUGAAGAAAAAACUGCCAAAUUUAUCCAAGAACAAGUGCGAAGAGGCCUGGAAGGGAAAGAGCAGGAAGCCCCUAUUUUUACAGAAUUAAGCAGAGAAAAUGAUGAAGAAAAAGUUACAUUUAAUUUGAACAAAGGAGCAUGUAGCUCAGCAGCAACAUCUAAAUCAAGUUCUUUGGGACCAAGUGCCCUGAAGACAAUAGGAAAUGCAGCAUCAGUGAAGCGAAAGGAGUCUUCCCAGAGCUCAGCUCAGUCAAAGGAGAAGAAGAAGAAGAAAUCAGCGCUGGACGAGAUCAUGGAGAUUGAAGAGGAGAAGAAGAGAACUGCCCGAACAGACCACUGGCUCCAGCCCGAAAUUGUAGUGAAAAUUAUAACCAAAAAACUUGGAGAGAAAUAUCAUAAGAAAAAGGGCAUUGUGAAGGAAGUAAUUGACAGAUACACAGCUGUUGUAAAGAUGAUUGACUCUGGAGACAAGCUGAAGCUCGACCAGACUCACUUAGAAACAGUAAUUCCAGCACCAGGGAAAAGAAUUCUUGUUUUGAAUGGAGGCUACAGAGGCAAUGAAGGCACCCUAGAAUCCAUCAAUGAAAAGACGUUUUCAGCUACUAUAGUCAUUGAAACUGGACCUUUAAAAGGACGCAGAGUUGAAGGAAUUCAAUAUGAAGACAUUUCUAAACUUGCCUGAGUUUGAAAAUUUGUUAACAACACAUUAAAAUCUUAAAGCAUCAAAUUGGUGUUUUCCGAGGCAUUACAAGGCUCUACUGUGUUAGGGUGUUUCUUUUGUAUAAAAUAGAUGGAUUUAUUUAAAUAUUACUGUAUAGUUGUUUAGCUAAACUUAUAGAAAAAUCUAUGUCUCACGCAGUAUCAAAAUUCUGUAAUUUUGCCCUUGUUGUUUUUGUUUCCUUUGUAAUAUUUCCUUGAUGAUUUUUUAAAUCUUCAUUAAAAGAACAUUAUGGUAAAGUGUUCUUAUAUAAGAUGAUUAAGAAUCAUACAGUUAGAGGAAAUCCUUCAUAUACUCUGAACUUACAUUUUCAUCAGUGGUAGUGAAGUUGAAUGAUAGUUUCCCCCACUGUCAGCAUCCCACACAUUUGUUACAUUUGAUGAACCUUUGUUGACACGUCAUUAUCAGCCGAAGUCCACAGUUCACCUUAGAGUUCACUCUUGAUGCUGAACAUUCUGUGGGUUUGGACAAAUUUAUGAUGAAAUGUAUUCACCGUUACACAAAGUAGUUUCAUCAGUCUGAAUCCGUCUACUCGCCCCCCACCCUGUCCCUGGCCUCUAGCAACCACGGGUCUUUUUCCUGUCUACGUGGUUGUGCCUCCUCAGGGAUGUCUUACAGUCGGACUCACCCAGCGUGUUGCCUUUUCAGACUGGCUUAAUUACAUACACUUAUGUUUCCUCCACGUGUCCUCUCAUGGCUUGAUGGCUCAUUUCUUGCAAGUACUGAGUAACAUCACAGUAGCUAGGUAUACCUGUUUAUUCUCCGUUCACCUCUUGAAGGACAUCUUGGUUGCUUCCAGGCUUCAUCAACUAUGAAUAAAGCUGCCAUAAACAUC